AUGUCCUCCACCCGAGCUUCUGGGCUGUUGAACUCCCAGCUGCGGAGUGCUUCACGCAUUGCAUCUAUUGGACGGAGAGCUUCCGCUGCAUCCCUUAUUGGACAAUCAACGCGCCUGGCCAUCUCUGCGACGAGAACGACCACUAGAGCGGCGACAUUCGCUGCUUUCAAAGUUCCCAAAGUGAACAACGAGCCAAACCACCACUAUGCCAAGGGCUCGGCUGAACGCGCAGGCUUGACUGCUGCCAUUGAUCAACUGAACACAAAAUUGCCGUUGGAGGUUCCCGUUGUCGUCGCAGGAAAAGAGAUCAAGACAGGCAUUGUCGGAGAACAGUUCAACCCCGCCGACCAUGCUACUACCGUCGCAAAGUAUCACCAGGCAACACCGGAACAUGUUUCCCAAGCCAUCGCGUCUGCCCUCAACGCCAAGCCUGCGUGGGAAUCCCUGCCGUUCGCCGACCGAGCUGCCGUCUUUCUCAAGGCCGCCGACCUGAUCUCGGGCAAAUACCGCUACGAUAUCAUGGCUACAACUAUGGUGGGCCAAGGCAAGAACGCGUGGCAGGCCGAGAUCGACGCUGCUGCAGAGCUGGCAGACUUCUUGCGCUUCAACGUCCAGUAUGCCGAGGAGCUGUACGCUCAGCAGCCCUCACACAACUCUCCUGGUGUUUGGAACAGGGUUGAGUACAGGGCUCUUGAGGGCUUCGUGUACGCUGUGAGCCCAUUCAACUUCACUGCAAUUGCUGGUAACCUGCCUGGAGCCCCAGCUCUGCUCGGCAACGUCGUUGUCUGGAAGCCCAGCGACUCGGCUAUUCUCUCAAACUGGCUGGUCUAUAACAUCUUGCUGGAGGCUGGCUUGCCGCGCGACGUCAUUCAGUUCGUACCUGGUAAUCCUGAGGAGGUCACUAAGGUCGCGCUGAAGCACAAGAAGUUCGCUGCUCUUCACUACACUGGUAGCACUGCCGUCUUCCGCAAGCUGUACGGUGAAAUCGGGUCUGGUGUGGCUGAAGGCCGCUACCAAUCUUACCCAAGAAUCGUCGGCGAGACGGGCGGCAAAAACUUCCACCUUAUCCACGCAUCCGCCGAUAUCGACAACGCUGUUAAGCAGACGGUCCGUGGUGCUUUCGAGUUCCAGGGUCAGAAGUGCAGUGCGACGUCGCGGGCUUACGUACCCAAGUCGGUUUGGCCCAAGUUCAAGGAGGGUCUCGUGAACGAGGUCAACAAAAUUACCAUUGGCAACCCCGCCGAACACGGAAACUUCAUGGGACCUGUCAUCCACGAGGCGUCGUUCAACAAGCUGUCUGGAGUGAUUGACGAAGCCAAGAAUGAUAAGGAGCUGACCCUUGUAGCGGGAGGCAAGUAUGACAAGUCGAAGGGCUUCUUCAUCCAUCCUACCAUCUACGAGACAACCAACAAGAACCACAAGCUUUUGAGCACCGAGCUCUUCGGCCCUGUACUCACAGUGCACGUGUAUGACGACGUCACAAACAAGAAUGCGUUUUCGGAGGCCUGCGAUCUCGUUGACUCAACUGGGGAGUACGGCUUGACAGGAUCCAUCUUUGCCUCGGACCGAUCAGUCAUCAGGUUUGCCGAGGACAAGUUGCGCAACUCUGCGGGUAACUUCUACAUCAACUGCAAGAGCACCGGCGCGGUCGUUGGUCAGCAGCCGUUCGGCGGUGGCAGAGCCAGUGGCACCAACGACAAGGCGGGCAGCUCGAACCUGCUCAGCCGUUUCGUCAGCUUGAGGAGUAUUAAGGAGGAGUUUGCGGCGACGACAAAGGUCACUUACCCCAGCAACGAGGUGUAA